AAAUAUAUACUACUGAAGUACUGCAACAGCCGGCAGGCGAAGCAAACGAGGUGAGGAUAAUGAAAACCAGAAAGAAAAAAAAAUCUCUGCCUGACUGCCUGCCUUAGGUUUUCCCGACUCUCUUCAAAAGUCUAGAGAAAGAGACAAAACAUAUAUAGAGGAACCAACAAACAACGUUAAUAGUCGUGUCUCAUAGAGUAUGCCAAUCAAAUUAUCACACCUUUCAUUCUCCGUAUGCCCUCUCUCUCUCUUUCUUUCUUUUUUCUGGUUUCAUGAUUUCAGGGCCUCCGUGUUGACUUGAUUCUAAUCUCUCCCAACCAUCCCCAUAAGCUUUAGAAUUUUCCCUUACAUUAUUUUCUUUAUUUCCUGUCAGAAGAAGAUAUAAAUCCGAAUCCCAUAUUUUGCUGGAAAGAGAUUCCAAUUCUGCUGUUACCCCGUCUCUCGCUCGACCUGUCUUGUGGCUUCAAGGAAUAACAGUGGUUUGAUUGAAGUGAACUGUGGAAUGGAAGGUAAUAUAUAUCCAGGGUUUGGUAAUGGAGAUCAAGUGGAUGGCAAGGUUUUGCAGACUUUUCAGAAGAAUUCUGUGCAAGUUCAAGACAUCCUAGACCAAAACAGGCUGCUAAUCAACGAGAUUAACCAAAACCAUGAGUCAAAGAUCCCCCAUAACUUGAGCAGGAAUGUCAGGUUGAUUAAAGAGUUGAACAACAACAUUAGAAGAGUGGCCGAUCUCUACGCCGAUCUCUCGAGCUCUUUCACCAGGUCGAUGGAGCCUUCAUCGGAAGGCGAUUCGGCCGGGACAUACGAACCUGAUGGAAACGCUAGUCAAAAGAGAAUUAGAUCUGGGUAAAUUUGAUCAAAGCUAAGCCUUUUUGUUAUAAAUUAUAGUAUUAUCUUUCACUGUAGAAUAUUGAACUGACAUCCUAUGAAAUCAACUAUGUUAUCUUGUUUGAAAUCAAAGCAUUACUUGUUUAACAUCUGCAAAUCGUGGCCUGGAAUCGGUGGAUUUUCUUCACUUUUUCUGUUUGUUUAAUAAAUGAGAUAGGGUUAUCUUA